AUGGCUGCUCGAACAUUGGACAAAAUGCGCAAAGCUCAGUCCCUCCUUCGCGACUGCCAUAGCUGGCUUGUUCAAAGCAAUGAGAUGUUGCUUGCCGUUGAGAUGUGCAACAUCGAAGGAAGUCUCGCCCUCCUGUUUGAGAACAGAUGUUUCGCCAAUACCCCCUGUCCUGGACUUCAAGACGAGGAGCUUCCCCGCCUUCCUCCCUCCAAUGGUUACAGACGCGGAACCCGCCGUGGACCCUACAAUGGCGGCCGCAGACCUUACCCAACCAACAGGGGCGGACCAGAAGCGCCUGCAAGUCGCGCCAGCGGCGGACAAAACGCCCGGGUUCAGGCAGGAGCAAGCACUUCCGGAGGCACAGGGAGCUCGAACUGCCCUGAUGACGACCUCAAGCCCCCUGCAGCUCAAGCUACCACGACAGGCGCAUCACCGGCAACAGGUGUGCUCUUGGAUUUCACCGAAGACGUGGAAUUCGUCCAAUUGCCACCAAAUAUGGUAGUCAGCAUGGAAGCAGUCCAAGCAGUUCUCCUGGAACCAAAAGGAAAGCAGUGCUUGCCAGAGGGGCCUGCUGCUGUAAGCAGCGAUCAGCCAGCUCCGGAGGGCUCAGUCCGGGUGGAGGGUGACGCUAGAUCCAUCCACCAGACCAUUAUCCCUGCGGCCGAUGCCACCUUGGGAGGUCCGGACUUCUUCGUCGAUGACUACUGUACUCCGAUGGUUGAAGAAGGUGUUGUUCCAGUCCUACCCCAGCCAGAAAUCUCAAGUUCACCUGCGUGCGACUCCCUUGAGUGCGUGCUGCCCAAUGCAUCGCAAACAUACCAGCGGGGGCAUGGAAUCACCGAGAGCCGAAAAGGCGACGCCAGUGAGGAGUUCCCUGUGUUGACCAGUGCAGAAGCUUCCACCAAGGACAUGUUGGUUGAUCUUGACAACGACCUGGCCGUCAUACUUCCAGGUGGAACUGACGCAGACACCGACAGCACUGCUCAUACCGAAGGAAAGGGUGUUCUUGCCGAUGGCUUUGAUUCCGGGGUUUCCUUAAAUCUUCAACUAGAGGAUUUGGAAGACGAUGAAAUCGUUUUCCAAGGAAACGCAGCAAAGCGUAUCUGUCCGGAUUUCAAGGCCGUGUUUGUCAGUUCGGACGACUCCCCUCAGACAGCGCGUCGUGUCAUUGAUCUCAAAACAAUUUUUGAGAAAUAUUUCGAGGUGGUCAUUUGCAAGUGA